CCAACCUUCGUGAACCCUGGCGUAACUGUAAAACGGAGGAUCAUGAAUGAAUGAGCGCAGCGUCUAUCAAUUAGGCUCAAAUCCUUCUAGAAGCCCCAAUGGAGCAGGAUGUGGAGAGCCCAGUCACUAUCAGACAGCCUAAGCUGCCCAAACAAGCCCGCGAAGACCUGCCAAAGCAGCUGAUCGACAAGGACAGAGCCAAAAGGAAGAUCCAAAGGUACGUGCGGAAAGAUGGGAAAUGCAACGUUCAUCACGGGAACGUGCGGGAGACCUACCGCUAUCUGACGGACAUCUUCACAACACUGGUGGACCUCAAGUGGAGGUUCAACCUCUUCAUAUUUGUCCUAGUUUACACAGUCACCUGGCUAUUUUUUGGCUUCAUGUGGUGGCUCAUAGCUUACAUCCGUGGUGACCUGGACCACAUAGGAGACAACCAGUGGACUCCCUGCGUCAAUAACCUCAACGGCUUUGUCUCCGCAUUUCUGUUCUCCAUAGAGACAGAGACUACCAUCGGGUAUGGCUACAGGGUGAUCACCGACAAAUGUCCCGAGGGUAUCGUUCUCCUCUUGGUGCAGUCAGUGCUGGGGUCCAUUGUGAAUGCCUUCAUGGUGGGCUGCAUGUUCGUUAAGAUCUCGCAGCCCAAGAAGCGGGCAGAGACCCUGGUGUUCUCCACCAACGCGGUCAUUUCCAUGCGGGACGGCCGGCUGUGCCUGAUGUUCAGGGUGGGGGACCUCCGGAACUCGCACAUCGUGGAGGCCUCCAUCCGAGCCAAGCUGAUCAAAUCCAAGCAGACCAAGGAGGGGGAGUUCAUACCUCUCAAUCAGACGGACAUAAACGUGGGCUACGACACUGGCGAUGACAGGCUCUUCCUGGUGUCCCCACUCAUCAUCUGCCACGAGAUCAACCAGCACAGCCCCUUCUGGGAGAUCUCCAAGGCCCACCUGGCCAAGGAGGAGCUGGAGAUCGUGGUUAUUCUGGAGGGCAUGGUGGAGGCAACAGGAAUGACCUGCCAGGCCAGGAGCUCCUACGUGACGAGCGAGAUCAAGUGGGGCUACCGCUUCACGCCGGUGCUGACGCUGGAGGACGGCUUCUACGAGGUGGACUACAACAGCUUCCACGAGGUGUACGAGACCAACACGCCCACCUGCAGCGCGCGGGAGCUGGCGGAGAUGACAUCCCGUGCGCGCCUGCCCCUCACCUGGUCAGUGGCAAGCAAGCUCAACCAGCAGGUGGCACCGGAAACCGAGAAGGAGCAGCAGGAAAAGAGCGGCCAUGACGGUGAGGACCAGACAGAGAGGAACGGAGACAUCGCCAAUGUGGAGAACGAGUCCAAAGUAUAGGCGGAACGGUGGGGCGGCCAGUGAGGUCUUUCCUCACAUUGUCUCUCAGUACAAUGGACCUGUGUGCAGGGAGAAGGGGGAGGAGCCCUGGAAGUUAGGUCCAAUAGAAGAAGCAGAACGCCCAGGUUCUGCAACGCUAAGAGCAUCAGAUCAUUGCCCCACAGAAUGCGGAAACAGCCACCAUGGGACAUGAAAG